AUGGCUACAUCAACCAAAACGUAUUACUUUGAAACAUUUAAAGAUGAAAAGAAAGUUGUAGAUGUUUUAAAUGAAUUUUUAGAAGUUGAUGAUUUGUGUUAUUACCGUUAUUUGACGAUACCGACAAGCUCAAAUUGGGGUAUAAUUGAUCAAAAAUGGCAAAGAACAACCGGUAUUUUGCAAUUUCAAAAUCGUAUGAGUAUAACUAGCGUUGAAAAGAAGUUUGCGAAUGUUGAUAUAUAUAUGAACGUGUUGAUAAACGCAAAAAAACCUAUUAUAUUACUACAAAUGCGACUACAUGUAUUAGCGGGAUGUUACGGCUUACGUUAUGACGCCGACACAAAGUCUUCAGAGACAGCGUUUGGAUUUGGAGGGAAAAAAACAACUAAUGAAAUAAAAUAUAUGAAACCAUAUAUUAAAGCGUUAAAUUUUUAUAAGGAUUAUGACAAACCAGAUUUUUCAUACGAAUAUUUAUGUGGUGCACGACAAAUAUGUAAAUAUAAAUAUAUGCUAGAAAAGAAGUUAGAAAAAUGA